UGGAGAGAGGCAAAAAAAACAAAAGCCUUGUGAGUUGUGAUCAUGGACGUCUCUAAUUCAUGCAAUGAACAACAAGCACCCGAGAUCGUUUUCUUUGAUUUGGAAACUACAGUACCCAAAAGGGGUGGAGAGCGUUUCUGGGUUCUGGAGUUUGGUGCUAUUGUAGUUACACCCCACAAACUCACCGAGAUUGAGAGCUACACCACGCUGAUAAGACCCAAAGACCUAUCUGUGGUCUCAGUGAAAUCCAGCAGAAGUGAUGGAAUAACUCGUAAAGCCGUUGAAAAUGCACCAUCUUUUGAAGAUGUUGCAGACAGAAUAUUCAGUAUCUUGAAUGGAAGGGUGUGGGCGGGGCAUAACAUCCAGAGAUUUGACUGUGUUCGAAUCAAAGAGGCCUUUAAUGAUAUCAAUAGGUCAGCACCGGUUCCCGUUGGAAUCAUUGAUUCUUUGGGGGUUCUAACUGAGAAGUUUGGAAGAAGAGCUGGUAACAUGAAGAUGGCAACACUGGCUUCUUAUUUUGGCCUGGGCCAACAAAAACACAGGAGUCUGGAUGAUGUUCGCAUGAACUUGGAGGUGCUUAAGCACUGUGCAACGGUGUUGUUUCUGGAAUCUAGUCUACCAAACACAUUGCAUAGCAAAUGGUAUGGAUCUUCCAGCGUUAUGACGCGAAGCAGAAGCGAUGGGAAAUCUCCCUGCAAGGAAGAGACUAGCAGAAAAUCUCCCCCAACUUCAUAUGGAUAUCAGAGGACAGUUCCCUAUGCUAGGGGAAGUUUGGGAAAGGUGACCGAAAGAGUGAAGGGAUUGUUGUGUAAAGCACAAGGGCAACCACCACUUCAACAUCUACUCAAGCAUUCUCAUUCAUUACUAAGGUGAAGAAGUGACAACAUGAAUAUGCCACAUUCAGAAAAAAGGCCUUGGCGAUUAGGAAGAGAAGAUCAAAGGCCUCACGUUUUGGUUUUGUUGAUCGUUGGCAAAUUGAAAGGAAGAAGUGCAUGCACAAGAUGCCAGAAUGUUUUUCACGACGCUCCUGCACAUGUUUCAAGAAACCGAGUGACAUCCCAAAUUCAUUUGUGUAUAGUUCGAUCAUUUGAUUUGUAUAUGCUCCAAAUUCAUUCGUGUAUAAGCAUACUUCUUCAAUGAAAGAUGCUAAUAGUAAGUGAAAUCAAAAUGAAUAUUAACAUCAAUAUUAUCACAACAAUGAGUUUAGGAUAUAUACAACCUUAGAUCUUGCUUUCCACUGAAUCACAAA